AUGUCGAAAAGGAACCUAGACGAAACGGAUGCGGUCGAAGUCGAAGGCCAGGACAAGAAAAGACUGAAAUCUCCCAAUCCAGGACUCCUGGCGACGUCGCCAUUGCAAGCUUCUCAGCCCGUCCUCGAGCUGUCCUAUUCAGUAAAGGACGCGAAACGAUCCGUCAACGCCGUGCCCUUCCAGCUGCCAACGCAGCUGAUAUCGUUCUCAUAUACACCAGAUCGGGUGCUGGAAUUCAAUGACUCUGCAAUGCGAUACUUCGUUGAUCCGCCUCGGGGUGCGCAACUGAGCUAUGGAUACGAUCGCUGGGUGAGACGGCCAGAGGAGCGGGGGAGGAUAGACAGUCUUUUGAAGGCCUGGCAGAAGUUUGGGACCGAGCAUCCUGGUGCACUGGGAGAGGUCGGUGUGGUCUCGUGGCGAGGGGUCAUGACAAAGAUACUUACCGCCCCAUAUGAAGAGCGGGACGGCUGGGAGCUGAAUGUUAUGCUGGUGAACGGGACGAUGUACUUUGAAGAAUAUCUCGCGGAAGAGAAACUUCAGAGCAAGAACGACAUAGAACCGCGACACCGAAUUCAGAUGUAUUACGGCUACUCGUUUGAAUCGUGGUGCACUUCAGAGUCACCUUCCCCAGCGUCACAUCCAGGAAAUCCGAUCCAAUCCACGUCGGAUGGACACCCUCCAGGCUGGGGCGGGGACGUAAAUACGAACGUUCAGUGGUGCAGCGUCGUCAAAACGAAACUAGGGAAUACCAGGAUGGUCAUCGGCGGUGAAGUAGAUUGUGUUCGGGGCAGGUAUACUGGGAAGCCUGACAAUUUCGUCGAGCUGAAGACGUCGUUGACCAUCCGUGGUGCAUCUGAUGAAGCCAGAUUCGAGAAGAAACUAAUCAAGUUUUACUUCCAGUCCUUCCUUCUCGGUGUUCCCGAAAUCACUGUGGGCUUCCGAACGCCUUCCGGCGUCCUUUCGACUGUCCAAAGGUUCCGAACGAUCGAAAUUCCCCGACUCGUCCGGGGGAAGCCCGGUGCUUGGGAUCCAGCCCUGUGUCUUGAAUGGGGCGAUAGGUUCCUCCGUGAACUGCGCAUUGCCAUAGACGUCCCUUCGGUAGACCCCACUCCCACUCCCAGUCUCGACAGUGAAAAAGACGGAAUCUCAUCCAACCUCCCGGUUUGGCGCGUUUCAUUCUCGCCCAAGGUCGGUAUCACAGUCAAGCAGCUCGACAAAGCUGGUGUCACGGACGUCGAAGCCGGCGACGAGGAGGAAAGGAUCGGGUUCUUACCGAAGUGGUAUGUCAAGUAUGCCUUGGGUUAG